GAAGAUGGCUUGGACCUAGGCGUCUGCGGGGAGGCGUCUCUUCCGCGGCCCCCGUCUCACUGGCCGCCGCCUCCUUCGGCUCCCGCGCCGAGCAGCCGGCUCUGGAGAGGUCUCCCAGGGGCCCCACGUUGCUGCCCCGGUUCCCUCCCCGGGGUGACAGUGCAUGCCCAGCGCUUCUUGCGGGGACGCUCCCGGGCGGCGCGCGGCGGCGGGGCUGCCCUUCGCCUGCGGACGUGGACCUGGGGGAGCCGGGGCGUGAAGGGCGGCUCUUCUCGGCGCGGUCUGCGCUCGCCUGGGCUCCAUCACCGCGACCCCCGGCGAGGCGUCCUUAAAGGGAAGCUGGUGUCCCAGAAAAGUGACGAGGAGCCCACUUGACUUGGUAUCAGAGUGAAAGAAAAUGUCUUUAUUUAAAGCCCGUGAUUGGUGGUCUACUGUUCUGGGAGAAAAAGAAGAAUUUGACCAAGGUUGUUUGUGUUUGGCUGAUGUUGACAAUAGUGGAAAUGGACAAGAUAAAAUAAUUGUGGGUAGCUUCACGGGGUACCUAAGAAUCUUUAACCCCCAUCCUGUAAGAACAGGAGAUGGAACUCAGGCUGAAGAUUUACUUCUAGAAGUGCAUCUGCGAGACCCAAUCCUUCAAGUGGAAGUGGGAAAGUUUGUUUCAGGAACUGAAAUGCUUCAUUUGGCUGUAUUGCAUUCUAGAAAACUUUGUGUCUAUGCCGUCUCAGGAACCUUGGGCAAUGUGGAACAUGGGAAUCAAUAUCAGAUCAAGCUAAUGUAUGAACACAACCUUCAGAGGACAGCCUGCAACAUGACUUAUGGGCCCUUUGGUGGUAUCAAAGGUCGAGAUUUAAUUUGUAUCCAGUCUAUGGAUGGGAUGCUGAUGGCAUUUGAACAGGAGAGCUACGCUUUCGGGAGGUUUCUCCCCGGAUGUCUUCUGCCCGGUCCUCUCGCUUACAGUUCCCGUACAGACUCCUUCAUUACUGUCUCCUCCUGCCGACACGUGGAAAGUUACAAGUACCAAGUACUUGCUUUUGCAACAGAUGCAGACAGAAGGCAGGAGGCUGAACAUCAGAAACUCGGUUCUGGAAAAAGACUAGUUGUGGACUGGACUCUGAACAUUGGAGAGCAAGCCCUUGAUAUAUGUGUUGUCUCUUUCAAUCAGUCUGCAUCUUUGGUUUUUGUUCUUGGUGAAAGAAACUUUUUUUGCCUCAAGGAUAAUGGACAAAUUCGGUUUAUGAAGAAACUUGAUUGUAGCCCAAGUUGCUUCCUCCCAUAUUGCUCAGUUUCUGAAGGAACAACCAAUAUUCUGAUCGGGAACCACAGAAGCCUGUUGCACAUUUAUCAGGAUGUGACGCUGAAGUGGGCCACGCAGCUGCCCCACGUGCCCGUGGCAGUAAGAGUGGGCAAUUUGCAUGACUUAAAGGGAGUGAUCGUCACUCUUAGUGAUGAUGGCCGCUUGCAGUGCUCCUACCUGGGGACAGACCCUUCUCUGUUCCAAGCUCCGAAAGUUGAGUCUAGAGAACUGAACUAUGAUGAGCUUGAUGUAGAAAUGAAGGAACUUCAGAAAAUCAUCAGAGAUGUCAAGUCACAAGGUGUUUGGCCCAUGACUGAGAGAGAAGAAGACUUGAGAAUCUCUGCUGUAGUUUCUCCUAACCUUGACUCAGUAUCUCAAGCCACUAAUGCUGAAGUUGGAAAUGAUUUUGUCCCUUCCAUCACAGUGAAGCUCACGCUGCAGAAUCGAGUGGUGUUGCACAAAGCCAAAUUAUCCAUCUAUGUACAACCACCGUUAGCGCUGACUUGUGAUCAGUUUACCUUCGACUUCAUAGAACCAGAGGUGACGAACACUGCAGUGGUUUCUGUUUAUCUGGCAAGAAGUUACACCGCAUCUGAACUAGAAGGAAAUGCUGUUGUUUCUUACUUCAGACCGACAGAUCGAAAUCCUGAUGGUAUUCCUCGGGUUAACCAAUGUAAAUUUAGACUUCCCCUAAAAUUAAUCUGCGUACCAGAUCAGCCUUCAAAGUCUGCAAACCACAAGCUAACGAUUGACACCAACAAGCCUCCUGUCAACCUGCUUAGUCUCUUCCCAGGCUUUGCCAGUCAGUCCGACGAUGAUCAGGUCAAUAUUUUGGGUUUUCGGUUCUUAGGAGGUUCCCGGAUCACUCUUCUUGCUUCAAAAACCUCUCAACGUUACCGCAUUCAGAGUGAACAUUUUGAAGAUCUUUGGCUCAUAACAAAGGAACUUAUUCUCCACCUUAAGGAACAUUUUGAAAAACAGGGAAUCAAAGAUUUCACAUGUUCAUUUUCUGGACCUGUACCCCUUCAAGAAUACUUUGAGUUGAUUGACCAUCAUUUUGAGCUACGGAUAAAUGGUGAAAAAUUAGAAGAACUCUUGUCUGAAAGAGCUGUACAAUUUCGGGCCAUCCAGCGCCGACUAUUAACAAGGUUCAAAGACAAAACACCUGCCCCACUCCAACACCUGGACACCUUACUAGAUGGCACUUACAAGCAGGUAAUUGCUCUAGCAGAUGCAGUUGAGAAAAACCAGGACGAUCUGUUCCAGUCAUUUGCCAGGCUGAAAAGUGCCACCCGGCUGGUGAUUAUGUUGAUCGGGUUGUGGCAGAAGCUGAGCACUGACCAGAUGGCUAUUCUGGAAGCAGCAUUUUUGCCACUACAGGAAGAUGUGCAAGAAUUGGGCUGGGAAGAAAUGGUAGAUGCCGCUGUUGCCCACCUGUUGAAGACCUGCCUGUCAAAGAGUUCAAAGGAGCAGGCUUUGAACCUCAGCAGCCAAUUGAACAUGCCCAAAGACACGAGCCGGCUGAAGAAACACAUCACUCUGCUGUGUGAGAGAUUAGCCAAGGGCGGCCGUCUCUGCGUGAGUACAGAUGCCGCAGCCCCACAGCCCAUAGUCAUGCCAGGUGGUUCCACUCCAAUCCCAGAAUCAGACUUAGAGGAAAGAUCUCUAGAAGACUCAGCAGACCUGUUUACCAAUCACAAGCACCUUAUCACAGAGACCCCCACGUGUGAUGUUCCAGCCUUGCAAGGAGUUUUGGAAUAGUCCAAGGACGCAGAACUAGUUUAGAGGAAGAUGCCCUUCCUGACCCUGGGUGACGUCAUGUUAACACAGGCAUGGGCUGGCCCUGGCGCUGCAUGAAGCUCUCUUGGAGGUGACUGUGUGAAGAUGGUGGUCAGCCUUUUUAUUUUGCAAGGAAGACUUGGAAUGUCAUGAAUAAGUCAGCUGAAAGUCAAAAUCUGUCUCUUCUUUCUUGGAGUUCAGUCACAGGGACAGCAAGAUAACAUAGCGGGGCACAGACUUCGUAAUGCAGGAUCCAGAUCCAAGCUAUUUUGAUAGUCCAUUUUUUCCACAGAGUUCUUAUGUAGUAAAUGUAUCAAGUUUAAUAAAGCAUCUAAUUAUCAAAAAAUAACUUGGGAUUGAUUUAUAA